AUGGGCAAUGAUAUUGAGAAUGAUUCUUGUAACCAGAGUUCUCUUGUCCACUUGUAUGCUAGCUGUGCCUCUACUUCCACAGUGCGCUGGUACUCGGGAGCGGGUCUUAUUGAAGCUGCUCGUUCGGUUUUUGACAGAAUGGCAAAAAAAUGUUUGAUAUGCUGGAGUGCGAUGAUUGCUGACUCUGCAAUGACCGAUCAACCUCAAGAAGCUAUCAAGCUCUGUGAUUUGGAUCAAGCUAAACAGAUUCACGGCUAUAAUAUCGUUCAGAAUGGUUUUGGAGAAACUGUGCCCCGAAACAAUGCCCUUAUUAUUGGCGUGCUCUAUGUUUGUAGUCAUGUACCAGUUGUUGAGGAAGGGAGAAAAAUAUUCAACUCAAUGGUGAACGAAUACAAAAUCACACCCAAACUAUGCCUAUGA